GUUGGACUACUGUACUAUUUUAGGUUAGGUUGAGACGAAAUGAUUGGAAAAAAACGGAAGCAAGAAGACGAGAGUGGCCGCGUUUGUUGUCUUUUUUCUCCAUUCUCGUAAGCGAGUCGACAACGGUGAUUACUUUUAAACUCAAACCUGUAUCAACGUCAUUUGUAGCUUCUGGGGCUAGAUUAGCUUGAUAGCUGCGAACAAAGAGACGCGGAAGUGAUCAACACAUCGCCAGGAGAGAUCAAUUUGAAGAACAUCAUCCCCUGAGAAGCAGGAGUGGAGCUCCAGGAUGGAAAUGGAGGAGCCACAGCCCUGCCACAUUAAAGAGGAAGAGGAGGAGCCACAGCUCCCCCACAUUAAACAGGAAGAGGAGGGGCUACAACUCUCCCACAUUAAAGUGGAAGAGCUGGAGCCACAGCCCCUCCACAUUAAAGAGGAAGAGGAGGAACACAGCAUCAGUCAGAAUAAAGAACUUCUUGAAGGAUCGAAUGAGCUCCCAGUGAUUGCUGGCAUUGUGAAGAGUGAAGUCAAAGGUGAAAGUGAGGAGAAGAGAGAGGUGGAGCCUCCAAGCAGCAGCUCAACUCAACACAUGACAACAGAAGCUGAUGGAGACCACUGUGGAGGAUCACAAGCAGACAACCUCAUAGCUCCACUAUCAGAUAGUGACGACACAACGUCACACUCUCCUGACACUGAUGAUGAAAACUCUCCAGCUGAUAUGACAUGUCACACUGACAACACACACUUUAAAUGCUCUCACUGUGGCAAAACUUUUCAUCACCGUAGUGCUCUGAAAAUACACAUGAGAAGCCACACCGGAGAGAAACCAUUUGCCUGCUCAUUUUGUCACCAAACAUUCUCUCGAACGUCAAAUUUGAUAACACACAAAAGAAGACACACCGGAGAGAAACCUUUCACAUGUUCCGUGUGUCGUAUAGGGUUUGUCCGAAAUCAACAUUUGAUAGCACACAUGAGAACACACACUGGAGAGAAACCUUUUAUCUGUUCUGUCUGUGGUAUAGGUUUUAGACAAAAUCAUUGUUUGAAAAGACACAUGAGAAAACACACUGGGGAAAAACCAUAUUCCUGUUCAGUCUGCAGCAGAAGCUUUUUAGACCGAACAACACUUGUAACGCACAUGAGAAGACACACUGGUGAGAAAGUGUUUAGGUGCAGUGUGUGUGGUGAAAGAUUCUCUUACAAGUACCAGCUUAAUGACCACAAGUGUGCUGGUGAGAACAACAGUAAAUGAAGCCGCAGCACUUGAAAUAUGGUAACUUUAACUUUCUGACAACAUCAUCACAUAUAACAAGUGUGACAUCAUUCCUUUAUGUGUAUCACAAUCUUUAUGCCUUUCAAUGAAUAUGUAUAUGAAAAAAACAAUAAAAUAUCAAUCAGCCGAUGACACCACUUUAUUUACGUGAAACAAAGACCAAAUAACCAAACCUACGGAAGGCAUUCAGGUCUAAGACUCAGCUCCUUCUGGGAGCAAUGUUUCUGGGGCUAUUU